AUGGCCGACAUCAUGAACCCGCAGUCCGGUCAGGAGCAGCAGCCGUUCGGUCAGGGCGCUCAGCGCCAGUACGCCGACUCUGAGGCUACCGACGACCGCGACGAGGAGACGAUCCGCAAGGACAACGAACUCGCCGAGCGUCUUUCCAUCAUCAUCGAGGAUGCCAACAAGCGCGUCGUCCCUCUGACGAGGAUGAUCCGCGAGAACAUCGAGGGCUUCUUCGCCAAGAAGGAGGAGGAGCGCGACGAGGGCGAGCUCAUCAAGGCCGUCAAGCCUCUCAUCGAGCAGGCCGAGAAGGAGCUACACACCGCCAACGGUGCCGUCAAGGGCGCUGACCCCGACAGCCGCUUGUCCAAUCGCGCCACCCGCCACGCUCAGGACCACCGUGCUACGCCCGAGGAACAGCGCCUCGCUGCCGCCCUCAAAGUUAUGAUUGAGGAAGUCGGCGGCACGAUCGAGUGGGCGAAGAACAAGCUCGACAGUCUACCGAAGGCUAAGCGCGAGCUUGGUCCUCUCCUCGACGCUCUCGGGCAGCCUUUGACCCAGAUCGUUGGUGGUGUUGGUCUCUUGCUCGCCGGUGUCCUCAACCUCGUCAGCCGCUUGCUCUCCGGUCUUGGUCUCGACAGCCUGUUGAAGGGUCUUUUCGCCGCCACGGGCCUGAAGAGCAUCGCGAAAGCGACCGGGCUCGACAAGAUGCUCAACUUCUAA